CCCAUGGAUGCUCCCUCCCCUAUAUAAAGAGGGGAGAAGCAAGGGUGCUUGGGGUCCAAGAACUAAGAAACCCUAGCCACCAUCCUCUCUCUGUCCUUGCUCGUGUACCGGCUUGGCGAAGCCCUGCAGGAAAUCUUCUCCACCACCACCACCACGCCGUCGUGCUGUUGGAAUUUCGAGAAGGAUCUACUACAUCCGCUGCCCGCUGGAAUGGGGAGAGGAUGUCUUCAUCGACACCGUUCGUGUGACCGAGUACGGAGGUGCUGCCCGCUUGCAGCACUAGAAGGACUACAUCUCGAACUUGAGUUCGGCAAGAGUACGACUACAUCAUCCACGGGAUUUGAUCUCGUUAACACUUUGGAUCUUCAAGGGAGGGUUCUACUUGAUGAGCUGCAUCAAGGAUGUUCCCACCCUUAGAGGGGAUAACUACACAGAAUGGGUGAAGAAGGUGGAACUCGCUUUCGUCUGUGCUGAGGUGGACUGGGUGGUUGUCACACCGCCGCCCAUCAAGCCUGCUGACCCUGUCAGAGAUGACACGGAUACUGAUGAUGCAUGGGCUAAAAAGCAAAGGGAUCAUGCUCCUGUGGAGAUGUCCUACAUCCUAGAGAACAGAAAGUGGCAGACUGCCAACAAAAAGUGCAUUGCAUUUAUAAAGAAUACAAUUGAGAACGCCAUCGUGGGCUCAAUUACAGAGUGUACUUCUGCUAGGGAGUACUUAGAAAAGAUAAAGAACCAGUUCACUGGUUCUUCAAAGACAUAUGCAACCCAGCUGUUGAAGCAGCUGGUGACAGAAAAGUACAGUGGAGGUGCACAUGGCAUCAGGGAGCACAUCCUCAGGAUGAGCAACAUGGCUGCAAAGCUGAAGCCCAUGGAUGCUAACCUGGAGCUGAAGCCUGCACUCCUGGUUCACUUGGUGAUGGCUUCAUUGCCACAACAAUUUGACAACUUUGUUGUCAAUUACAACAUGAACCCUGAGAAAUGGGAUGUUGAAAAGACCAUUGCCAUGUGUGUGCAAGAGGAGGACAGACUCAAGGCACAGAAUGGAGGUACCAUCAAUUAUGUGAAGGACAAUAAGAAAAGGCCCUUCACACCAAGCAAAAAUGGUUCCCCUUCAAAGCAAUAUGGUAAAGCCCCAAUGCAGCAUCAUCAGAAGUUCCAGCAUAGGCCAUUGCCAGUAAACAAAGAUCAGUGUCUUCACUGUCAGAAGACUGGGCACUACAAGAAAGACUGCCCUGCUUUUCUGAAAGAACUAAUGGCAAAGAAAGGGAUUCCAUUCGACGAGGACUAUGAAAAGAGGCGAAGGAUGCGUUGAAGUCGCGAAUGGAAUUCAAGCAGAAGUUGAAGCUGUUGGCGAUGUCCUCUUGGAGCUAGCUGAUGGCUUGACUAUUCUGCUUAGAGAUGUCUUAUUUGUUCCUUCCAUACAUAGAAAUUUAAUAAGUGUAUCGCGCUUAGAUAAAGACAGUUAUCAAUGUUAUUUUGGACAUGGCAAAUGUGCCAUAUGGUGUAAUAAUUCUUAUGUUGGGGUUGCAAUACUCCAUGAUGAGCU